AUGGAAAAAAUGCCAAUUGUUAUUCUUUUAAUUUUAAUUGCAAAUGCUACUGUCGGUGUAGUUCAAGAAACUAAUGCUGAAAAGGCUAUCGAGGCUUUAAAAGAAUAUUCACCUGAUGAAGCAAAAGUUUUACGUGGUGGUCAUCACUUUAAAAUUCAUUCGCCUGAACUUGUCCCUGGUGAUAUUAUUGAUAUUUCUGUGGGUGAUAAAAUUCCUGCUGAUGCUCGUUUAUUAAAAAUUAGCUCUUCCACCUUUCGUGUUGAUCAAUCUCUAUUAACCGGUGAAAAUGUCAGUGUUAACAAAAUCACUGAAGCAAUCAACGAUCCAAACGCUGGGACCACAGUCGUAUUAGGAAAAGGCCGUGCAAUAGUAGUUCAGACAGGGUCGAGUACCGCAAUAGGAGAUAUUCACAAAAGUAUUACAACUCAGAUAUCUGAAAAAACUCCUUUAAAACGUGCUAUUUAUUAUUUCAAAAUUGCUGUUGCAUUAGCUGUUGCUGCAAUACCUGAAGGAUUGGCUGUAGUUAUUACUACUUGUUUGGCUUUGGGUACCAAAAAAAUGGCAAAAAAGAAUGCUAUUGUUCGUUCUCUUCCAUCCGUAGAAACAUUAGGUUGCACCAGUAUUAUAUGUUCCGAUAAAACUGGUACUCUUACUACAAAUCGUAUGAAAUAUCAUGUUGAGGGUUCAAGUUAUGCUCCACAUGGUGAUAUUUUGUAA